GUAUUUUUGUGUAAAAUACUUAAUCACACCAAUUGGGUCGGCCAAUGACCCUCUUUUGUUGUUUCUUCUUUCACACAAAGCAUCCAUCACCCCAAUCAUCAAAACAUGACAAUUUGCCUUCUUACCUCUAUAUUUCCCCCAAUUCAAACCACUUCUCACAUGCUUUUCCUUCUCAUCAAAUGUGUUGUUCAUCAUACUAUUUCUUGUUGGCCCUCCAAACCCUUGUGAUCCAAGAUUCACUUUUUCCUCUAAUAUAUAUCCACACAUAUACUUAACCUCAUCCCCAAUAACUAUCUCUUUCUCAGCGUUUUUCUUCACCAUACUGCCACUUUGGAAUGAAAAGAGCAGCGAUCUACAGCUGUGUACCCCUAAUGAAGGAUCAUUGGCCUAUCAAAAAGGCUCUGACGUUGUCUGAUGUAGAUAUCACUCAUCCAUUCCUCACUUUGUCUCGACAACAAGUGGAGAACCACAUUGUGUUGCAUAUGACAACAGAACAACAGGAACAUUUGAGAACCCAAGGCCAAAUAGAUUUUAAUGCCCGAGAUGAUGAUACAGGUAAGAUGUAUGUGAUGAAGUUGAAAUGGCGGGGAAGCUAUUACAAUCUGAUUGGUAAGUGGGGCAGAGUUGUACGAGGGAAAGGACUUGAUGUAGGGCAAGAGAUUAAAAUACGUUGGGAAAAUGGAUGCUUCUACUUCUCGGUCCCAAAGCAGCAGAUUGUUGCAGUCCCACCAAUUCGGAUGGUUGCAGCACCGGUAGUGCAAGACCAUUGGCCCAUUAAGAAGAUCUUGACGCUCUCUGAUGUGGACACCAAUCAUCCAUUUCUCCCUCUGCCCCGUCGAUUAGUUGAGGAUCAUAUCCUUGUGCAUUGGACACCUCAGCAACAAGAACUGCUGAGGAAGGAGGAGCAUGUGAAUGUAAAUGCCCGAGAUUAUGAUACUGGCGAAGGUUAUAUAAUGAAAUUUAAGUGGAGGGGGAAUUUCUAUAACCUUAUUGGGAAAUGGGGAGCAAUAAUUCGGCAGAAGGGACUUGGUAUUGGGAAAGAGAUCAGAUUACGCUGGGAAAAUGAUUGCUUGUUCUUCUCAGUACCCCAGGAGCGGUAUGUUGCCACAGCCUCGGCAAUGGAUAAUUGGCCUAUUAAGAAGGCACUUACAUUGUCUGAUGUGGAUACCAAUCAUCCAUUUCUUACUUUGCCCGGCAAGGCUGUUGAAGAUCAUAUUCUUUUUUACUGGUCACAGCAAGCCAGAGAACAACUGAGAAAUGAGCAUCAGAUGAAUAUUAAUGCUCGAGAUGAUCACACUGGUGAUACCUAUUUGAUGAAGUUGAGAUGGCGGGGGAGUUACUAUAAUCUCAUUGGAAAAUGGGGAAAAAUCAUUAGAGGGAAGAAACUUCAGGUUGGAAUGGAGAUCAGACUACACUGGGAUAAUGGAUGCUUAUUCUUCUCAGUUCCUCAGUUGUAGCAUUGGACAACCUGUAAAUGUAGGUGAGCCACCAAAAGACUUUUCCAUUUCAACGUGGAAUGUGGCAUUGAAAAUUAGAUUAUUCAGGCGAAUGGCUUGGCAGAGCUGGAUUUAAAUUUAUCCAGGCAGCAAGUGGCUGACUAAGCACAAAAUUUAUCAGGCUCUUGAGAUUUCAAAGACAAAAUACCCAUGCUAUAUGUGAAAUCUGGUCAAAUGGAUUUUGUCUGAAUCAACAGAUUGUCUCUGCUGAGCCUUCUGCUGCACAUUGCACACAUGUAUCUUCUGUUCAGCAAUAAUAACUACAUGUUUCCAGCUACUUGGAAGUCUUCAAGCCAGUCAUAAUCCUUAAUGAGCUGUUACAACUGCAGUCAAUGUGACCUCAACCUUUUGCUUUUGCAGAGAAAGGACAGUUGCUUACCAGAUGCUUAUAAAUUGGUUCUUUCGUACAACCAAUUGGAUAUUCUUUUGUUGUGUGAAUUCCUUUUUACCAAAAGUUGUGAGGAACCUCAGAGAUUUUGGUUCCUCAAAGGAGGAAUUCAGGAAGUCCUCAGGGCUUUCGUCUAUUGGUUAGAACACAACGCAUGAUGUGUGGAUUAGGUGUACAUCACAAGUUUGAACUCUGCCACCGGCAGAAUCCUAGUAUUUAAGUGGAGAAGGGUUAAGGUACAGGCCCAUUAUCCACCAAACUUCAGACUGUGCACCAGUUGUCUCUCAAAAAAUUUCAGUUUCAACGAAAAUAAGAGAGAUUUUGGGAGCAUACACCUUGUAAAAUGGAAGGAUAUAUAAUUUGUGCAGUUGGAAACUGGUAAAGCUGGCCACUGGGAUAUCAGAAAGUGACUGCAUCAUAGGGACUAUUUGCUGUCAGUAGUCUGCUUAAGCUGAAAGCAUUAGACCCGAACACAGCACUUGAUCAAAUUGCUUCUCUAGCUGAUGAGUUAUUUGCAUCUGCUGUUGUAUCCAAGUAAGCAACAAGCUUCAUUAAAGUAACUGUUAAACGACCCACAGCUAUUGUUUGAUUGUUUGUGUUCCCUUAAGUAGUGAUUUUUCUUAAGUAGGAGAGUAUGUAAAUCUGGUGACUUGUACAGUUUGGUAUCAUGUAUGCUUGAACAUAACGUACUGAUAUUUUGAGAAAACUAAGGACAACUUCUCUAAGCUUGAAAUGGGAAAGGGAAGUGGCUUAAAACAUA